UUAGCUACAAAUUAGCUGAUUAUACAUACACACGACCACGUGCGGAUACAUUACGAAUAGAUCAGCAUGUUUUGGUUAAUGAUAGUCGAUUACCCGUCCACUCUAUCCUGCUGUGUGAUGGAUGCACACACCGCGUAUAUACGAGAUUAAUAUUAAUAUUAUGUCAGUGCUACAUCCUCAUAUUGAUUUUCUUUAUGACGGAGAAAUCAGUAUGCAGUAUAUCGAUUAUAAACCGAGCACAGACAUGUCGAACCUCACCGUGGAGUAUCUGUUAGAUAUUGCCCCUUGCCCUCCGACCUGGGACCCGGGGCUGCUGUAUCGGAUCCCCUACCCUGUAAACUUGACGGACGGAGAGGUGGAGAGGAUUGCUGGACGGUGUAAUGUGCCCCCGCGCCAGACAACGGUUGGGGAUCUGUCGGUCACGGGGAACUCGCCAGAUGUGCUGUUACACGUGCUGGUGAUCCUGUCUGUGACAUCGUUUGUUAUUUUGAUUGCUGCUGGUUUAGUAAUAUGCAGUUACAAGCACAGUAAGCACCGGACUGGUGACAGCUGUCUUCAGACAGUGCCAACCCAACAACUGAGACGGGAGUUACUGGAGGAGGAAAUGCAAGUACGAGACAGCAAUGGCUGCUUUAACCACACCUACAAGUCGUCACAGCCCGACCUGCAGCAUGCAAACCAUUUACAGAACGACCUCCAUCCCAACAAACUGGGCACAGGUGACAAAACGCCAAUUGACACAAGAAAUGGAGUUUUGCCAUGAUGCAUGCAAACUUUUUUUAGAGUUGGAGAUUUGUAUUUGUGGUGGAAUGACCUUUAAAGCUGUUUUAUGAUUUACAUGUAUACAAAACACGGAGGUGACUCAAUCAUGACACCCACCACUACUCAGAACAACAGCUUGCAUAUUUACAAGGAUCUAUACUUUUCCCCCCAGUAUUUUGCAGCACUCUUCACUAUCUACAAUGUCAAUGUAAUGUCUUGCUAUGAUCAGAGGAGGAUUGCAAGCACGGUAAUAUACCCUUGCAACACAUGAGAUUAUAUAAUUAUGACAGAACACAGCAACACACCCCAGUAACAUAUAUAGGGAAUUAUAUGACUCACAAAACACAGCCAAUAUAUUCAAACAACACUCAGAGCGGUAUAUUAUUUAAAUGUUUACAUACAUACACUAUAUAUACUAAGUUUUAGCCCCACCCUGGGGUCAGAACCUCUACCCCAGGGAUCCUAAAAUUUACAAGUUUUGUGGAGGCCUUCUUAAUCUACAUCACUAUGCAUUUAGUUUUUCUUACACAAGUGCUAUUGUAGAGAAGAUUUUUGAAAAUUCUUUAAUUUUUAAGUUUUUGCCCCAACUCGAAGGCCCCUGGAAUGCAGGAGUCUUGAAAUUGACAAUUUAUGUUCCCUUGUUCCAAAGAUAUUUGAUUACCAAGUUUGAAAGGAAUUGGAAUGGUAGUUAGGCCAAGUAAAAUUAAUUAGUAGAUUAUCAUUCCCGUCCACCCCUCGAAAAUCGCCCGCCCUGAUUUUUUUAAUUUUUCAAAAUUACGAUUUCCGGAUAUUUUUAUGUCCGGUCCGGUAUCGUAAACGUACUUUGUUUCACUUUGCCUUUUAGAAACCCAAAUACACAUGUAAUUAUGAUUUAUAAAGCCUUUUCUCAUUGAGAGAAGGCAUUUUCGAGGUCAAGAAUACCAUGGCGAAAAAUAAAAAAUAAAA